GCUAAAGUGUCUUUUUCUCUCCGGCCUUAUAAGGUCUGUUCUUGGGAGCCAGAACCAAACCCUACACGUCUUGACUUUCAGACACUUUUUACUUUCGAGUUCUCACUCUCAGAUCGGGCUCUCUCUUUUAUCUGGCGGCGCCUUUCGAUCUUCCCCUCUCUAAUCUCGACUCAGUCGCUGUCUCAUCUCGAUCGGCCGUCCAUCAGCGCAUCAGCUUGAUUCUGUCUCUAGUCUCGAUUGCUACGUGCGAUGGCACCACCCAACAUCACAUCGGGAAUGGAGUUCGAGGUGUUCCUGAGUUUCAGGGGACCGGAUACUCGGGACAACUUUACUAGUUGCCUCUAUCAUGACAUGGUCGAGAAAGGAAUCCGUGUCUUCCAAGACGACGAAGAGCUCCAAGUCGGUGAGCAGAUUGGUGGAAACCUUUUGCGAGCCCUUGAUGACACUCAAAUCUAUAUUCCCAUCUUCUCUAAGGGCUUCGCUUCCAGUGUAUGGUGCCUCCGUGAGGUUGCAUAUAUGGUAGAUUGCACUUCAAAGUCGAAUGGGAAGAAAGAGAUCCUCCCCAUUUUUUUUUAUGCGAAGCCGGAUGAUGUCAAGCUCAGAACUGAAUUGUACAGUAAUGCCUUGUCUGAGCAUGAGAAGAAGUAUGGCCCCGAUGAGGUGAAGUGCUGGAAGGCUGCUCUUCGUGAGGUUGCAACUAGACUAGGUUGGAAGCGGGAAGGGAAAGGGUAUGGAGAACUUAUAAAAUUGAUUGUUCGAGAGGUUCUACUUAAGCUGAAGGGGAAGAAUAGGCCUCUUCCUGACCAUCUAGUUGAAACGGAUGAUCUAAAGCAUAUAGAGAAAUUGUUGGAUGUUGGCUCUAAUGAUCACGUACGUUUUGUCAUACUCCAUGGGACGGGUGGUAUUGGUAAAUCAACUCUUGCUAGUGUUAUCUUCAACCGAUUUCGGUCUAAAUUCAAUUGCAGUAGUUUCCUUGGAGAUGUCCAAAGUCAUGGUCUUUUAGACAUGCAAAAGAAACUAUUGUCUGAAACACUGGGGUCGAACUCUGCUCAAGAAAUCUAUGACACCAAUGAUGGGAUUGAUCACAUAAUGAGAGGACUUGGCAAGAAGAAAGUUCUAGUUGUUGUCGAUAAUGUGGAUGAGAAGAAGCAACUUGAGAACCUCGCAGGGAGCUGCGAUUGGUUUGGUUGUGGAAGUAGGAUCAUUGUCACACUCAGGGACCUAAGGACAAUACGAAAUAAAGACAACCAAAUGCGACGUAGUAAUUACAUGGACUACUCGGUAAAGGAGAUGCCUUUUGGUCAAGCGAUUCAGCUUUUCAGCAAGCAUGCUUUUAGAAGCAAUACUCCUCCAAAAGAUUGCUACAAAUUCUCAAAAGAAGUCGUUUCAAGCAUAGGAAAGCUUCCUUUGACUUUGGAAGUCGUGGGUUCUCUUUUCGCCAACAUGGUUAGAUCCGAGUGGGAGGAGAGAUUGGAGGAAUUAAAGCGUACCCCAUAUAAGGACAUCCGACAAACACUAAUGAUAAGUAUCAACAAAUUGGAUGACAUAGAAAAAGUCAUAUUCCUAGACAUAGCAUGUUUUUGCAUUGGGGAGGAUAAGACUUAUGCAGACUACAUGUGGCGUAGUAGUGACUAUUCUCCACGUAGUGCUAUUGAUGUUCUUCUCCUCAUGUCUUUGAUAAAGAUUGAAGAGUACAAUAAUAAAUUCUGGAUGCAUGAUGAAGUUCGAGAUCUAGGAAGGUACAUUGUCAAGCAAGAGAAUUUUGAAAAUGCUGGAGCGCGCCGUUGGGUACGGAUUGAUGAGGAUACUCUCAACAUACUAAGAAGCAACGAGGAAAAGCGAGCCGUACGAGCACUGAAUUUAAGUGUUAGUCAUAACUUAACACCUGAAGAAUUAGCUUGUUUGCCAAUGCUGAAGUUCCUUGGAGGGAUAAGACUGAAUUUCAUUGGCAACUUUGAAAAUCUUCUUCGUAAUUUGAGAUGGCUCUCUUGGCGUUGUUGCCCAGCGGAUUUUUCAGCGAUGAAUCUUCACUUGGUGAAUUUGGUUGUGCUUGACCUUUCACAGAGCAAAAUCACCCACGAUUGGGGUGGAUGGAGGCAAAUUGAGAUGGCAAAAAAGUUGAAAGUUCUAGAUUUGACAUGCUGCCUUGAGUUAACCAAGACACCUGAUUUUUCCGAGUUUGGCAAGUUGAAGAAAUUAAUUCUUUUUGAUUGUCGGGCAUUGUCUACGAUUGAUAGCUCAAUUGGUAAGCUAAAAUUGCUAAGUACUUUGAAUAUUGAGAGAUGCUAUUCCCUCCAAGGUUUGCCCGAAGAAAUUGGUUCUCUAGAAUGCUUAUCGGAGAUUAUCUUGCCCUAUUUCGACCAUCCGAUCAAGCUUCCUGAGACACUAGGCAAUCUAAAAUCUUUGUUGAAGUUUGAAAUUCAAGCUGAUAUCAACCAAGUUCCUCACUCUAUUGGAGAGUUGAAUCUCACAGAUUUGGUUUUAAAUGAGUGCAAUACUUUACAUGAGCUUCCGGACUCUAUUGGAAAACUAGAAUCAUUGGUUAAGUUGGAAUUAUAUAACUCGGGGAUCUCCAUUCUCCCUUAUUCCAUUGGAAGGUUAAAAAAUCUUGAAUAUUUGCUUUUAGCUUACUGCAAUAAUCUACAUGAGCUUCCGUACUCUAUAGGAGAAUUAAAAUCAUUGGUCGAGUUGAAUUUAGACGGCUCGGGGAUCUUCAUUCUCCCUGAUUCCAUUGGAAGGUUAAAGAAUCUCAAGCAUUUGCUUUUAUGUGAAUGCAAGAAUCUCGUUGAGCUCUCGAACUUUAUUGGGGAAUUAGAAUCAUUGGUCAUAUUGGAUUUAAAUGAGUGCAAUAAUUUACAUGAGCUUCCAGACUCUAUUGGAAAACUAGAAUUAUUGGUUAAGUUGGAUUUAUGUAACUCGGGGAUCUCCAUUCUCCCUUAUUCCAUUGGAAGGUUAAAAAAUCUUGAAUAUUUGCUUUUAGCUUACUGCAAUAAUCUGCAUGAGCUUCCGAACUCUAUAGGAAAACUAAAAUCAUUGGUCAAGUUGGAUUUAGACGGCUCGGGGAUCUUCAUUCUCCCUGAUUCCAUUGGAAGGUUAAAGAAUCUCAAGCAUUUGCUUUUAUGUAAAUGCAAGAAACUCGUUGAGCUCUCGAACUUUAUUGGGGAAUUAGAAUCAUUGGUCAUAUUGGAUUUAAAUGAGUGCAAUAAUUUACAUGAGCUUCCAGACUCUAUUGGAAAACUAGAAUCAUUGGUUAAGUUGGAUUUAUGUAACUCGGGGAUUUCCAUUCUCCCUUAUUCCAUUGGAAGGUUAAAAAAUCUUGGAUAUUUGCUUUUAGCUUACUGCAAUAAUCUACAUGAGCUUCCGGACUCUAUAGGAGAACUAAAAUCAUUGGUCGAGUUGGAUUUAAACGGCUCGGGGAUCUUCAUUCUCCCUGAUUCCAUUGGAAGAUUAAAGAAUCUCAAGAUUUGCUUUUAUGUGGAUGCAAGAAUCUUGUUGAGCUUCCGAACUUUAUCGGGGAAUUAGAAUCAUUGGUCAUAUUGGAUUUAGCAUUUUCAGGGUUAUUCGUUCUCCCUGAUUCCAUUGGAAUAUUAAUGAAUUUCAUGCAUUUAUCUUUUUCUGAUUAUGGAAAUGCACUUGGCCUUAAGUCCUUUGUUGGGGAACCAAAAUCAGAGAUUAAGUUGGAUUUAAAUCUCUGCGGGAUUUGCAUUGAUUCUAUUGGAAGGUUAACAAGUAUCACGCAUCUGUCUUUUUCUGAAUGCAAGAAUGCAUAAGCUUCCGGA